GAGAAGUUGAGCUGUGAAGGUAAAUUGUGGUUUUUGAGUUACCAACUAGAUGUUUUAAAUGGUUUCAUUCAGGUUCAGACCCUCUACUGUUAAAGACUGUAUCCAUGCUGUGCUCAAGGAGGAACUGACAAAUGCUGAAUACUCUCCAGAAGAAAUGCCUCAGCUCACAAAACGUUUAUCAGAAAAUAUUAAAGAUAAAUUAAAAGAAAUGGGAUUUGACCGAUAUAAAAUGGUGGUACAAGUCGUGAUUGGAGAACAAAGAGGUGAAGGAGUAUUCAUGGCUGCUCGCUGUUUCUGGGAUGCCGACACUGACAACUAUACUCAUGAUGUUUUCAUGAAUGAUAGUUUAUUCUGUGUUGUAGCAGCAUUCGGCUGUUUCUACUAUUGAAAAUUUGAAAGCUGGGAAAAGGUGGCUAUUUCUGCAGUUACUCAAAAGAAUGAAGCUUCCAACACCAGGAGCCUCCACUUCUUGUUUGUGAAUGAACUUUCUGGACUGUUGCGCGCCUGUCCAAAGGUGCGGACCGUUCUUCCUUGUGGGCUCUGUGCCUAUCCCAGAGCUGGCGCUGCUUCACCUUCUCUUAUCCCCUUGUAAAGUCUAAGACAGCUUACAUCUUUCUUCCCACCCCCACUCCCCACCUGAUGAAUAAGAAACGAUUGCAAACUCCAGGACGACAGAAUGUAUGCUGCUGGUCGUUUGGACUUCAUCCCCCAAACCUGGUCGUCUUUUUGGCUAGCGCUUUUGGCUAAAUAAAAUAUUUCUAAAAAAAAAAAAA